AUGAUAAACGAUAUUGCCCAAUUCUACGACUCUAUAGCCAACAUUUAUGACAAUGGAUUUGCCCAUAACCAGGGACUCCUCGACUUCAUUGAACGUGUGAAACCCCAUCUACCACGGUCUGCCCAUAUCCUCGAUAUUGGAUGCGGCACUGGACACCCUGUGUCCACGACACUGGCCGCGUCAGGUCACCGGAUCACCGGUGUUGACCUCUCCCCCGCUAUGGUCGCUCUCAGUCAAGAGCGGGUGCCCGAGGGUCGCUUCGUCGUUGCUGACAUGCGAGAGUACGAGCACUCUGUUGCGGAGGAUCAGCCGGAUGCUAUUUUCAGCGUAUUCGCGAUGUUCCGGCUGGGUCGGGAGGAGAUUGAAGAGCUCGUUAAAAAAUGGGCCAGUUGGCUGAACGUGAAUGGCCUACUGUGCAUCGCGACUAUGGCUGCCGACGACUGUGAUCCAGAGAAGAUCGCGAAUGGCUAUGAUAUAGAUGGUCUUUGUGCUCGUGCUGUAAGGCAGCAAUUCAUGAAGAAAGAGGUAUUUCAUACCUUGUUCACGCGGCGUGGGUGGACCGAGAUCCUACACCAAAAUGGCUUGGAAGAGCUUGAUGUGCGGUCAGCCCUGUUUGUGCCACCCAAAUCCAUGAGCACAAGCAACGCGAAUUUCUACUAUAUUAUCGCUCGCAAGCGAGUGUGA